AUGAGCCAAAAACUUGACGAUAUUUGGGCGUCUAGCGAUGAAGACGAUGUCGCAUACGAUCGUGACAUUGCGAAACGGGAAUGGGAGAAACUGAACACCAACCACGGGAAUGAAGGAUAUAAAGAGGGGAUCACAGAAGGCAAGGAAGUGUUAAUGCAACAAGGCUUUGAUCGAGGAUACAGUGAAGGCAUUGAAUUGGGGAAAGCAUUUGGACGGUUGCGAGGCAAAGUGAGCACGUAUAUGACAUUUUAUCGAGACAUUCUCCAAGAUGAACAAAGUCUAUCCCAAUUACAAGAACUAUAUGAUGAACUAUGCAAGGUCGAUGUACAACAUGUCUUCACCACUGACUACUUUAAGGAUAUCGGCAAUCAUGAUCCAAAAGAAGCACUGGCACGUUGGGAAGCCAAAGUUCAGGACGCAUUGAAGGACUUGAAGUAG